UCAGUUGCAGAGUAGUUAGUAUAGUUAAAGAAACCAUAGAUGGGCUCAAGUGAAGAGCGCUCAGAGAUCGUCUUCUUCGAUGUGGAAACUACAAUUCCUUUCCGAAAGGGUCAAGCAUUCGCCAUUUUAGAGUUCGGAGCGAUUCUGGUGUGCCCUCGAAAGCUGGUUGAGCUGGAGAGCUAUUCAACUCUAGUAAAGCCCGCCCACCUCUCCUCCGUGUCAACUGCGUCCACCCGCUGUAAUGGCAUCACCCGUGACGCCGUCGCCUCUGCACCUACUUUCGGAGAAGUUGCUGAUAAGAUCUUCGAUCUCCUCCAUGGUCGUAUUUGGGCGGGUCAUAAUAUCGUUAAAUUCGACUGCGCUCGAAUUCGAGAGGCAUUUGCGGAGAUAAGUCGCCCGGCUCCGGAGUCCAAGGGAACUAUAGAUUCAUUGACAUUGUUGACGCAGAAAUUUGGAAGGAGAGCUGGAGACAUGAAGAUGGCCUCUCUGGCAACCUAUUUUGGACUGGGCCAGCAGACUCAUAGGAGCUUGGAUGAUGUUCGGAUGAAUCUCGAAGUUCUCAAGUAUUGUGCAACAGUUUUGUUCUUGGAGUCGAGCCUCCCAGAUAUAUUUACAGCCAACAGUUGGGUCUCUCCAAAUGCUACUACGAGGAGUCGUGGUAAGGGAAAGGCUUCACCUGAGGAAACAAAACAAAACAUGUCUACCCCCUCACCUGACAUCAAGUUCAGGGAGCAAAGAUUAUUGCCCAUGACUGGAAACAUUGAGGCAGAGAUACGCAAAUCCUUUGAAUUCAACAUUUCUCAAUCAGACCAUUUCAACAUGAGCCAACUCAUUGAUCAAAUGAAAGUGGAGAAUUUGCAACUGGAUGGCAAUAUGGAAACGAGGCCAGCGACAGAAUCUUCUAGGAUUUUUUCCACUCCAAUGGCAUCUGAGGGUUGCAGUGGCUAUGCUGGCUUCUUAGCACCAGAUGAAGUCUCGGUUCCUUCUAUAAGGGCAUCCUAUGUCCCAUUUUAUCGAGGCCAGAGGAUACAACUAUUGCACAAAGAUGUCCUCUUGCAGCUAUAUUGUACAGGUUUGAGGUUGCGUUUCGGAGUAAGCUCAAAGUUUCUUGACCAAGCUGGUAGGCCGAGAUUGAGUGUAGUGGUUGACGUACCAUCGAGCCUAUGUCAGGUUCUAGAUGGGUGCGACCAUGUUUCACAAAAAUUGACUGUGGACUCUGGUAGCAGCUCAGAGUGGAGGCCUAUAGUGAAUAGGAAGAAUGGCAUAUUAAAUUCUCCAACUGUCCGACUGAACAUACCGACUGUAACAAAUGGGGACAUUGCCAUCUAUGGUACGGAGAUAUACCAGAAAGAAGCUUCAGGCAAUGCCCAAAGGGUUGUGUUCAGUACAGUUGAUCCAGCUGAACUUGAUUCCUUAUUUCUUCCGGGGACUUUGGUGGAUGCUUACUUCUCCUUGGACAUGUAUGAUUAUCAGCAGAAUGCUGGCUUUCGAUUAGUGGCAAAAAAGUUGAUCAUUCAUUCCAGGUAAUUGGAGUGAGUGUCCAGAAAAGAAACUCAUUCGAUUUCCGCAAGGCCAUUAACAAUUUAUUACAAUAAUUGGAUCAUAUUGACUGCAAAAUUUCAUU